AUGCCACCUGGACUCGAGUUGAAACAUCUCAAGACACUCACCAGUCAUUAUACUUCAAUAAAUGCUUUGGCCUUUUCUCCUUCAGCCGAACUUCUGGCCAGUGGUGAUGACAACGGUUAUCUUUUGGUCUAUGCUACCGCUACAUGGGAGCUCUUGCGUCGCUAUCAGAAACCCCACCAAAUUCAAGCUAUCUUGUGGCAUCCGCACGAAAUCGCAAUUAGCAUUGGCUGUAGUAAUGGAGACAUCAGUCAGAUUCUACUAUCAGAGCAUGCGGAAAACAACCAACAAUGGGUCAAUUCAGUCCCCGGCUGCGUUCACGUCCUAGAUACCACUCGUGAUGGUACACAACUUGCUGUCGCAUAUGGAAACAAAGCUGCACUAGUGUCACAGAAGAAAAUUGGUAUGGGUUUUGGGAAAGACUCGCCUCUUGCCAUUGCCGUCAAGGGAUCAGCAGAUCAUCUUAGUGCAGAAUAUGCAUUACAUUCAUGA